AAUCCCGUGCCACGUGGGAAAAAGCCCGCUUCGUCAUUCUGGACGCGCUGGUUAUUUCACUCACGCUCUCCGUCCACAACCGUUGUCUUCGCCCUUGCCCUUGCUGCUUCUUUUUCGAUCCUCUUCGCAGAAUCUUCCUCAUUCAAAUCGAAACAAAAGGGACGAAUCCCGCCGAUUCUGUCUGCGAAGCUCUUUGUGGUUCCGAUUUGCUUCUUCGAUUGAAAAGGUUUCAUAAUUUGGAUUGGGUGAUAUAGUGCACAAUGAGUACUCAAGCAGUCAGGGGGCCAGCUGCCAGAAGUGGUCGAAGGAGGAAGACAGGUUUGGACUUGGACCUGAACUGUUCCCCACCAAAUGAGAAUCAGGAACAGGGGGGACCUUCAAUUCAAUUGGUGCCUCAGGAAGUUCAAGCUGGCCAGCAACCGCCAGUUGCACAACGUGUGAUGAUUGACGUGGAGGCCAUCGAAGACGAUGAUGUUGUUGAAUCCAGUCCCAGGGCUUUUGCUGAGGCUAAAAACAAUUUGAGAAGAAAUCGUAGGAGGACUAGAGUUGAUGUGGAUUUAGAAGAGUGGACUAGAGGAAACAAUAAUGAUUGCAACAAACGCAGAAGAAGUUCCUCAAGCCAAACAAUUAUUAACUGCGAUCUUUAUGUAAACCUGGAAGCCAGUAACAGUUCUAUGACGGAGAGCAUGAGCAUGCCACCGGAACCUCCAAAGAAUCCUGUCUUUAACUGCCCAAUAUGUAUGGGUCAAUUAGUAGAAGAAACGUCAACAAGAUGUGGUCAUAUAUUUUGCAACAAUUGCAUUAGGGCUGCAAUAAAAGUGCAAAGUAAAUGCCCCACCUGCAGGAAAAAGGUUACUGUCAAAGAGCUUAGAAGGGUGUUUCUGCCAGCAACUAGUUAAAGAUGAUAUUCUUGUUUUUUUGGUUGACCUCAAUUGAGUCGAAAUUUUAGCUACCCUUGAUAUCUAACGCUGGUUGCUUGAAAGAUAAAUUUCACUAAUAGAAGACUUUGGUUACUGAGAUUUUGGUUGUGAGAGAGAGCCACCUGAACUUCCAAAGUUGUUUAACUGUUAAAUAUAGAUGGACCCUUCCUUAAAAGAGAGUUUGGCGGAUGUUUUUUUUUCCCCCAACAACUUCACUACGGCUUCAAUAAAUGCACUGGAUAAAUGCUGUGAUAGAGUUUGUUUCUCCCAUCAACUAGUUGAAGGUAUGACAAAGCAAGUGAUAUUGCUUCCUCUUCCUCAACCUCCUCUUUUAAUUUUAUUGAUAGUGUUUAUGUGACAAGUAGUGCAUGACCAAAAGGCUGCCAUUAGACGGUGUACCUGACUUGGACUCGUCUUUAGGGUGGUGAAAUGUAAAUGGGCCUAAUUGUAAAUUUGUUCAGAGACAUUGUUUGGGUGUGCUUAAAUUCUAUAAUCAUAUGGUACGAUGAAAAAGUUUUUUAUGAAAUUAAAA